UUUCCGUUUCGCUCCGUUCGCUCACACUUGCGCGGAAAAAGGAUUCGCAAGUCUGUGAAUUGUUUUGCUACUUGGCGGUGUGUGAGUGUGUACACUGUUCAACACGCACCAAACAUACGGCUGCACGCACACAGUGACAGUUAUGUGUGAGUUUUGUUUUGAUUACCUUUCUUCCGGACGGACGGUGUUCUUGUUAUGCGUGUGGCGUCUGAUGGCGCAAAAGAUAUGAUAAAACAAUAAUAAUGCGUGAAUUAUUCUACAAAACAACAUAGUGGUGGAAAUAUGAUAUAUCUUUAAUUAAACGUAUAUGCGUUAAUUGUAUAGUUAUUCCAAAAAACGCCGCUAAAUUAAGCAUCCUAUACGUCCAACCUAGUGAACACGAUAAACGCAAGAAAGUAUUACUAAAUGCAUGAAUAGUUCCAUGUACUACCAUACCGUUCACCGCCUGCAGUAACUCGCAAAUCAAACAACUAUGUUUACCUUAACAAAUCCCGACCGCUUGAAGCUGCUGAACCACAACGAGGAACAACGCAACCUAAAACCGGGACAGUGUAACAAAUUCCUGCACGUUGUAAUUGAUCCGGACUUUCUGAAGGAUCCACAUGGUGCCCAAGUACUAUCGAAGCUGACCGAACAAGGAUUCAAGUACGAACUGAAGCCACAACCAGUGCCAUCCACGGUAACGUUUUAUCGUACCCUUUCGGCUAAACUAACCUCAGAUGGUGCAAUGUCGGAGAAAACGAUUGACGAACCCUUUGCCGUGUAUCUGCUCAAUGGUGGUGAAUUUAUUGCAUACGUACGAAACCAUCAGCUACUGGCCGCGGUACGAAGCGUAAAGGAGCAGCUUCCUAAUCGCCGAUUGAGUCUGCUCGUUUUCGGCCUGGUCAGCUACUGCCGGGUACAUCGGGGCAGCGUCGGGCGCCGUGAGACGGAACAAGCGCUAACCGAAGUGCAGCUGUUUGAGGACACAUCCCAUCAGCUGCUGGAAACGGGCGAACAGGUGGCAAAUUUCGUGGCCCAGCUGGCACGAAGUAUCGCUGAACUGCCCUACAAGCAACAGCAGAUGGACAAGUAUAGCAGCGAACAGGUAUAUCUGGGCAAUGAGAAGAAGGGAUGCGUACGCGUAGAAGGUACGGCCGGGCUGCACCAACUGUACCAGGCGCAACUUAUUAAGAUACCGUCAGUUACGCUGGAGAUAGCGGAAGCUAUAAUGAGCGUUUAUCCGACGUUGAACUCGCUGCUGCUUGGAUUCCGCGAAGCUGGUGUGGAAGCUUCCAACUUACUAGCAAACAUUUCCAUCCGCAGGGCCGGUGGACCGAUCACAACAUCGAACCGACGCAUCGGUCCGGAAUUAAGUCGUAAAAUUUACGUCAUGUACACUUCUACAAAUCCCAAGCAAGAGCUAUGA